AUGAACCAAGAGAAAGUUGGAAACGCAUUCUACGUUGCCCCCGAGGUUUUGAGGCAUCAAGAAUAUGGAAAAGAAGUGGAUAUAUGGAGCGCAGGGGUGAUUCUAUAUAUGUUACUCACCGGAGUGCCGCCUUUUUAUGGUGAAGAUGAGAAAGAGAUAUUUCGCGCGAUAAUGAAAGCAGAUCCCGAUAUGGAGAACUACCCGUGGCGGUUGAUUUCAUAG